UGCGUCCCGGUCCCCGGCUUUCCCCCGUGUCUCCGGCCUCGCCAGCCCAGCCACCUGUGCUCCCCGGUCCGCGUCCCUGUCUGCGCCCUCCUCGAGGGCCCCGCCGCCGCUGCCCUGGCGCUUCCCGCGGGCCCAGCCGAGGCCGCCUGCGCCCUGUGCCAGCGCGCGCCCCGCGAGCCGGUGCGCGCCGACUGCGGCCAUCGCUUCUGCCGGGCGUGCGUGGUGCGAUUCUGGGCGGAGGAGGACGGGCCCUUCCCGUGUCCCGAGUGCGCCGACGACUGCUGGCAGCGCGCUGUGGAGCCCGGCCGCCCGCCGCUCAGCCGCCGCCUGCUGGCGCUCGAGGAGGCUGCCGCGGCGCCCGCGCGCGACGGCCCGGCCUCUGAGGCGGCGCUGCAGCUGCUGUGCCGAGCCGACGGGGGCCCGCUGUGCGCCGCUUGCCGCAUGGCCGCGGGGCCCGAGCCGCCCGAGUGGGAGCCCCGCUGGAGGAAGGCGCUGCGCGGCAAGGAGAACAAGGGAUCUGUGGAGAUCAUGAGGAAAGAUUUGAACGAUGCUCGGGACCUGCAUGGCCAGGCUGAGUCCGCCGCUGCUGUGUGGAAGGGACAUGUGAUGGACCGGAGGAAGAAGGCCCUGACUGACUACAAGAAGCUUCGGGCCUUCUUUGCCGAGGAGGAGGGGCGCUUCCUGCAGGAAGCAGAGAAAGAGGAAGGGUCCCUGGACGACGAGGAUGAGGACCCAGCGGAGAGGUUCAGGUCCCUGCUGCAGGCUGUGUCGGAGCUGGAGAGGAGGCACCGCAACCUGGGCCUCAGUAUGCUGCUCCAGUGAUGUGCUGCUUGCCCAGGCAGCAGGCAGAGGAAGCUCGUUCCAUCCCCAGCCUGAAGCAGCUCCUCCAUCCGCCUCCUUCUGGACCCCCCUGUCAUCCUUCAAGACAACCCAACCCUGAGUGUCUUCUAGGUGUAGAUGUGGGCUGCGAACUCUAAGUGCUCAACUUGAGUUGCUGAAGACAGUUCUCCUCAGAAGAGUGUUUGUGUUCCCUUUUCCUCUAGGUGUUCAUGUUUCUAGGCUAUAAACAUUUCACUGUAGAGAUCUGUAUUGGGGGUAAGUUAACCUAAGUGUAUCCCAACUCCAUAAAGUUCUUUUCACUGCC